AAAAAUGCGGUCCACAUGACCGCAGCAGCACCGCGGCGAGGAGGUGUUCGGUAUUCGUCGGUAGUAGGCGGGUUGAAGACCCCAAACGCUUCACAUCCACCGGCCGUAUGCGAAUCGCCGAGCUCCGCAUUUUGCCGCUCUUUGACGGUCGAGAGGACGCCGACUGACGUUUCCACCGAAGACCGUUACGCUUUGUCUCCCGAGCGGUCCGACAAGGGAGCAGCCAGCGUUGAAGCAAACGUCGGUCUCCGGCCGCCGUGCAGCGUUUAGCGGGGAGACGGCUCCGUUCAACGCGGGGAGUCUCCGGGAGCGACAUCCUUGAUCAUCCCGCAUCAGCACAGAUGCCCGGGUCGACAUGAGGCUCCCUAAAGGCUGGCCAGCACUCAGGUUGGUUUUGGUUGUGGUUGUGGCUGUAGGUCUCUUGGGGAUGGUCUCUCUCCCAUGGAAGGAAACGGACAUAAGAAGCAAGGCUCCGACCUGGCACGCCAGCCAUGCACUAAAGAAGCAGUUGCAUGAGCACGUGCACAGAGUCCUGGAGAGUCCGUGUCGUCCCGGCAGCACCAGGGCGAGAAUGUUGGAUCGACUCCCCGCUUCUAGUCGCAUGACCCAGCCUUUCCUGGGGAAGGACGCGCCGCUCCCCGACGACCUCUUCCGGUACCCUCUGCCUUUUGGCUUCAAAGGUGUGCGGGGCAAAGUGGAGGACCUACUGAAGCAGCUGCCGGACUCUGCCUCCACGCCACAGACGAUGACAUCAGAUAAAUGUCUGCGCUGUGUGGUUGUGGGAAAUGGAGGCAUCCUGAGAGGCCUGGAACUUGGCCAUUACAUCAACCAGUUCGAAACGAUUAUCAGGUUGAACAGUGGCCCCCUGGGCGAGUUCAGCGUUGACGUCGGGAAUCGAACCACCAUCAGGAUGAGUUACCCAGAGGGUACACCUCUGCACUGGAUCGACACAGACCCACACACCCUGUUUGUAGCUGUGGCGUACAAAGGUGUCGACAUCAGCUGGAUCUCUGCAAUGAUCAACAAGCUCUCUGUGCCCCUGUGGGACUGGCUCUUCUUCUGGCAGAAGGUUCCAGAUGGAGUCCCUCUAGAGCCUCAAAGGUUCAGACUUCUAAACCCACUUGUCAUCAGAGAGACCACGUUGGACUUGCUGCAGUACCCUCCACCCAGAGUAAGCCUGUGGGGAUGGGAUAAGAAAGUACCAACCAUAGGGGUCUCUGCACUGAACUUAGCCAGCCUGCUGUGUGACGAGGUCAGCAUGGCAGGCUUUGGCUACAAGCUCUACCAGCAGGGAGCGCCGCUGCACUACUACGACCAACUGCCCAUGGCAGCCAUACUGAAGCAGAGCACUCACAACGUGGGCCGAGAGACCGAGCUGCUUCAGAACCUAGUCAGGGAGGGAGCCAUCACGGACCUGACGGGGGGGAUCCACUGAUCUUGCUGCACUGCUGGCCCACCGAAUACAAGACUAUAGAGCACCGCCUUUUCACACUGGACAAAGACUGGAUGAACUAACGCAAGGAAAGAAAUCCGAUCAGAAAAUAUGCGUUUGUAAUAUUUGUCAGAAAGCGCUUCAUGAAUAUCAAAAUCAAAUGAGCGUGAUCCAGGAUAUUGCAGCCCAGCAGCCCUACACGUCGCUCAGUAUUUUGAUCUAAAGUUAUGGCCUCGUCCCAUCCACUUUUUGAAGCAACCAGCAAAGGGGUUUUAUUUGCUGACAGAAUCAAAGGUGGAACAUGUUGAAUUUUGAUUGACGUCGUUCUACCAAAGUCCGCCCAGGAAGCAGAUUCAACUGAGCCACAAUGCUUCUCCCACUGAUUGUAAAGACAUUUCGUCCGCUCUCAAAUCUUGAAUGAGUUAAAUAUAUUCAAAAUGCAUUUUGAAAAUGUAAAAUUUUUUUUUUUUUAACUUUAGCUUUCAGUCUCAUCCAUCUCAUGGCAUAUUGUUCCUCCGGAGACCCUGGAUUCCAGGCACAUUGUCAAUACUUUUACGUUUUUAUUCCAAUGUAUAAUUAAUCGGUAUGAAUUUUAUGAGAAAGAAUUUAAAUGUAAUGAUUAAAAAAUCCCUCCUUUUGAAAGGAAGGAGAUGGACAAUUUCUGUGGUCAGUGUGAAGUUCUGAACCUCUGAUCAAGGAAUGCUACUUUCACUUUAUUAUAAUUUCCACACGGUGUGUUCUACUGCUUAAAUCCCUAACACCACAUAGAUUUAUUACGCUUUUUCCGUUGUGCAUUUUUUUUAUCAGCCUCUAUUGUACUCCAGUGGCAAUGGUGGCGCAUGGAGUAGUGUGAUGCGCUGGGAGCCGCAAGGUUGGCGGUCUGAAUCCCGGCUGCCCCAUGUGCCAUGUCAAAGUGUCCCUGAGCAAGACACUUAACCCCUAAUUGCUCCCCAAGCAAAAUGUAACGCAUGGGUUAUAAUGCAAUGUAAGUCGCUUUGGAUAAAAGCGUCAGCUAAAUGACAUGUUAUGUACUUAAAAAGGACAAUAUGAUCUCAGUGUGUAAUUGAGGGGUUUGUUUGCAUUGCAGUAAUCAUUCAGGAAUGAUUUCACUUUUUUUUUUUUUUUAUUUGCUACUCAGCAACUUCAGAUAGACGGACUCUGCGAGACAGAAGCACUCCCACUGCCCUUUGUCCAAGUGCUUACAGCUCAGACCAAUUGGACUCUUGACAAAGCUGUCUUGCUGCAGAACUGAUGACAGCUUUGCCAGACAGAUGACAUUUGCUGAUAGUACAACAAAAGGGAUAUUAUUAUUAUUACAUAAUACAACACAGUAAGUGGUUAUUAAAUGGAGGCUGUGAUCUUAAUUCAAUGUAAUCCUCAAUGAGACUUGUCAGUGUGAUCUAUUGUGUUAGGAACACAAAGACUUUAAUAUAAUGAGCGGAAAUCGAGCUAUUUCGCCUUCAAAAUGAUGUUUACCAAUAAAAAUCCUAAAAUGGUCUCGCCAUCAAAAGGCCAUCUGGAGGACCACGGGA